AAACGUUCUCGGACCGUCACCUAUCCGCGCAAACGAGCUGCUCAGGCCUGCCACACUUGCAGGCUGCGAAGGACCAAAUGUGACAAUAUUCGUCCGGCGUGCGCUUCCUGCGUCCGAUUGGAUGCGGAGUGUGUCUACAAGGAGAUAGACCCUUCGUCCUUUGAUUCGGCGAGUCUGGCGAUAUUGAAGCGAAUGGAUGAUUUGGAAAGCUUGAUUCAAUCAGUGAGCAACGCGCCGCUCGUGGUUUCGCCGGCUGCCUUUUGUUCCACGUCGCCCAGUUCCCGCGAUCACUCAGGGGUUAAUGCCCAAGAACAUCGAGUGACCUUUUUGGUCAAUGCGGAGGCUGUCCUCAGAUGGCCAGUGUUCGAGUCGAUUUCUAUCCAACCGAGUCCUUAUCAAUCGUCAGCAGCGCAAGAUGAUUAUCAUUCGCCAGGGCUGUCGAUCCCGGUGGAUCUCGAUCUGCAAUCGGGCGGUCAUUUCAUCGAACGAUUCUUCGAAGACGUCCAUAUUUUCAACCCCGUGUUGGAAGAGCAAGAUGUGAUCGAGUAUCUGGGAGAAGUUCAGCGGAAUGGAAUAGGAUGGGAUGCAAAGUCUUGUCUUAUGCUACUGAUCUGUGCUCUUGGUUCGAUAUCAACACCGUUCGUGAACCAUCAUCCCGUGAUGACAUCGUGCGACUUCCGCCAAUCCCACAAUUUUUCUCGCGCCGAGUCGUUUUUUCUAAAUGCACAGAAACGCCUGGGAAUGCUGCUCACUGGGAACGGGGCCAUCGAGGCUCAGUGCUUUUUUCUCGCAGGUGUAUACCUGAUGACAACCCUACGACCGAUGGAAGCGUGGCGAAUGUUUGUACAAGGUCUAGCCUGUUGUCAAGCCCUUCAAAGCCAUGACAUUGAUCAUGCUCAAUCGGAAGCUGAGUGGAGCCCCCACCAGCGGAUUUACUGGACCUGUUUCAAGUCGGAAUUGGAGUUGCGGUUAGAGUUGAACCUACCACGGCAGAAUGGGGUAGAUUUCAGUUAUCCUAUCAUGUUUCCGUCGCCGCCACGUGGACUCGAAACUAAGAACGAACCAGCAUGGUACUUCUACUUGGCUGAGAUAGCUCUUCGGCGACUCAAAAAUAGAGCACUGGGCACACUGUAUCGGAUUGACAACGCAGGUCAGGCUAUAGACAGAGAAGAAGCGGCUAUGGAUUUUGAGGAACAGAUGUAUGCGUGGUAUCGAUCUCUACCCGAAGCCUUAGCUUUCAACCUCGCCGGCGAUGUAGGUUGGGCAGACGCAUAUGAACCAUUUAGAUUUAUACUCAAGGGCCAUUAUCUUGACUGCCAAGAAAUAAUCUAUUGGCACGCCAUUGUGGGCGAACUAGGUCUUCCAUCACGAAACAGCAGCGAUACCUUCCUGGCAAAAGGCCUGCAGCUCUGUGUGAACAGAAUAAAACACAACAAGCAAGGCUUCUAUCACCGUCAUCACGGCACAUGGCUGAUGAUUCGAUCUUGCACACGAAGUGCACUGGUAUUGAUCGCUGCGUCGAAGUGUGAUGACCUCGACCAACAACUGCCCUACGGCUGGGAGCCAGCGAUAUCAGAUGUGAUGGCCAUGUUGAGCUUCUGGAAACAGGAAUCCCCGGAUGUGUUUAAAGCGUUCCAGUAUCUCCAACUUCUUCAAGCCACAAACUGA